UUACAGCCAGUAGUAAAGUUGCAGAACAACAGAGGAAACAACAAAUACUCAUACACCAGCAACUCUGACGAUAACCUGCUGAAGAACAUUGAACUGUUUGACAAACUCGUCCUGCGAUUUAAUGGCCGCGUCCUGUUUGUCAAAGACGUGCUGGGGGAUGAGAUCUGCUGCUGGUCUUUUUAUGGCGAAGGCCGCAAGAUUGCUGAAGUGUGCUGCACUUCCAUUGUCUAUGCUACAGAGAAGAAGCAGACCAAAGUUGAGUUUCCCGAAGCCCGAAUAUUCGAAGAAACCCUCAAUAUCCUCAUCUAUGAGAACAACAGAGGAUCUGGACCAGGAGGCUUGCACCUUUUAGAUUCAAGAGGCUCCGGUUCAUCGCUGGGAACUGGUCAGUCAGAGGAAGAGGGUGCCGUGGGAGGGGAUAGACGAGUACGACGGAUCCACGUAAGGAGACACAUAAUGCAUGAUGAAAGAGGCCACGGUCAGCAAACUGUGUAUAAGGACUAAUAAUGUGAAAACAAGGC